AUGUCGGUGUUGUUUACUUCCAUAUCACCGGAUAACCCGGUGAAGAAAACCGAUGCGCACGAACUUCUGGAAAAAGUGGGCGUCUCAAUUGACCCCAGCGAGGAAGAUGACUUCCAAAUGCUCCUGGCAGCGGUCCACGACUGCGCAGAGACAGUGGCGGAUAUGCCAGAUUACCAACCAAAACCGGACCUAGAUCGAUAUCCACGACAAAAUGUGCGACGUCCAUCGGAAGAAGAGCAGGUGCUGGGACAUGCAUGGGCACACAAGUUCCUGAUCAAGGGGAAUCCAGACGGAGGACCUCUGGCGGGUAAAACCGUCAGCUUGAAAGAUGUGAUUGCAGUUGCUGGAGUGCCACAAUUACAGGGAAGCGAUGUGAUCCCGUCCUGGACUCCAAACACAGACGCGACUGUUGUGACAAGAGUGCUCGAUGCAGGCGCUGACAUUGUCGGGACCUCAACGUGCGAGAACUUUUGUCAUUCUACGUCGUCGUUCACCAGUGUUCAAGGCGCUGUGGAUAACCCGUAUGCUGCUGGGUAUUCUUCUGGUGGGAGUACAUCAGGUGGCGCGGCUUUGGUUGCCGCUGGCUUGGUGGAUAUCACUAUCGGCGGUGACCAAGCAGGGAGUAUCAGAGUACCUUCAGCGUUGAGCGGAUGCGUCGGACUCAAACCUACAUCUGGCUUGGUUCCAUAUAGCGGGAUUGCGAGUGGUGAUGCCAUCGACGACCACGCAGGGCCGCUCGCAAGAACAGUGAUGGAUGUUGCAACCUGCCUGGACACAAUUAGCGGCUAUGAUGGUAUCGAUGAUAGGUCGUUAGGAAGCCCAAAGCACGGCUCGACCACUUAUGCUGCUACUCUUCAGGCAGCACCCACAAAGCUCGAGGGGUUCAAAAUCGGAAUCCUAACCGAGGGAUUCGAGCACAGGAUCGUAAAUCCUGUAGUCAGGUCGACAGUAAUGAGUGCCGCACGCAAAUAUGAAGAACUCGGAGCGACUGUCGAGGAGAUCUCACUUCCUGACCACCUGAACGGACCCGCCGUCUGGACCAUCCAGUCUAGAGUCGCAGGCUCAAUGAACCUUCUUGGACAAGCGCAUGGACGAAGAGGUUUGGGCCUGACAGAACUGGAACGUGAAAGACUCCCCUGGACCAAAGAAAGUUUCCAGCGAGCGUUUCCCACAACCCAGAACGUGAUGAUCAACGGUCUUUAUCUCAUGUCUCGAUUCCCGGAACUUUAUGCCAAAGCAAACAACAUUGGCCGGAAGCUUCGUGACUUGUAUGAAGAGAUUUUUGACACAUACGAUGUGGUAGUCAUGCCUACUACGCCUAUUGUUGCGCCGAAGCAUGGUACGCGUGGUCUUCCUAUGGAGUCGAUUAAGCCCAGUAUGGGACUUACGAUUAACACGGCGGUUUUUAAUCUAACGGGUCAUCCUGCGAUGUCUAUUCCGGUGGGACUUACUCCGGCUGAGGAGGAUGAAAAGGUACGCUUGCCAGUAGGAAUGGAAAUUGUUGGAGGGUUGUGGCAAGAAUCGAAGGUCUUGAGAGCGGGUCAUGCGUGGGAGACUCAUUUCAACUGGAAAGACGACCAAAGGUAA